CAUACAGGCCUGAUGUGAUCUGUAUCCUUGAACCGAGGAUCAGUGGUGAUGAUGCACUGGACAUCAUUAAGAGCAUUGGUUUUGACUCGAUGGCUGUUUCUGACGCAGUGGGUUUCAGUGGGGGUAUCUGGGUGUUGUGGGACAACAGUCAUAUGCACCUGGAGGUCAUUGAUAAGGAUAAACAGUUUAUUCAUUUGAAAUGGUUCGGUGCAAGGAAGGAGAUUGGCUUUCUUACCGCAAUCUACGCCAGUCCUAAUGAUUUUGAGAGGGGGUCAUUAUGGAACUGUCUUAGAAGGAUUGAGAAGUCGGUUGAUGGACCUUGGCUCUUGUCAGGGGACUUCAACGCCAUGUCUAGCCCUGAGGACAAGCAUGGAGGGGCUCCUUUCAACUUUGCAAGAGCGAGACCUUUCACAGAUUGUAUUGAUGACUGUGGCUUGGUGGACCUUGGAUUCUCGGGUCCAAAAUUCACAUGGUUCACCAAGUCAUCCAGACUGAAGGAGCGACUGGAUCGCAGCUUCUGUAGCUUGGAGUGGAGGCAAAAGUUCCCGGGAACUAUGGUUUUCCAUCUCCCUAAGCUUAAAUCCGACCACAGGCCUAUCUUGACGUGUACAACAAGUAUCCCUCCAAGUCACAAGCCGGUGAGACGCUUCCAAUUUCUUGCUCCAUGGCUUGCGCAUGAUGACUUUCCUAGUUUUUUUUCUUCUUCGUGGAAUCUUGGCUUUGAUUUCCCUUCCUCCUUGCAGGUCCUCUCCGAGAAGCUCGCCUGGUGGAACAAGGAAAUUUUUGGCAACAUAUUCCGCAGGAAGAAGUAUCUGAUGAAGAAGCUCCAAAGUUUGGAGAUCCUGAAUGAACGAUCGGCCUCUCCUCGCUCCUUGGAGAAAGAGAAGCAGACCCGAGAAGAGCUGGAGGAGACUCUUUGGCAGGAGGAGGUUCUUUGGCUGCAAAAAUCCAGAGCUAACUGGAUUGUCCACGGCGAUAAGAAUACCCGCUUUUUCCACCAGAGUACCUUGAGCAGAAGGAAAAGGAAUGCGAUCUCUUGCCUUAAGGAUGAUUCGGGGAACUGGAUCUCUGAUCCUGACUCCAUCCUUCUGAUGGCAAGGUUGUUCUUUGUGGAGUUGUAUACCAAGGAGGAUAAGGAGCACCAUCCCAACCUUCCUGCUGACUUUCCAGAGCUGGCACCAUCGUUGACUGAUAGGCUCGGAGCACCCCCAUCAUUUGAGGAAGUCAGAGCAACUCUCAUGGACAUGAAGGGUCUCAAAGCGCCAGGGAAAGACGGCUUCCACGCUAUCUUCUUUCAGAAGUGUUGGGGCGUCGUUGGAAGGGAGUUUUUCCUCCUUAUCUCUAGUUGCUUUAGUAACCCUAGCAAGAUUAGAUCCCUGAACCAAACUCUGCUUGCUCUUAUCCCUAAAGUUGAUGCUCCUGCAUCCAUGAGCCAGUUUCGUCCCAUUAGCUUGUGCAAUGUGGGAUACAAAGUGGUGGCUAAAACGAUUGCCAAUAGGCUUAAAUCGCUUAUGCCCCAUUUGGUUCACCCUAACCAGUCCAGUUUCGUUCCCAACAGGCAUAUCACUGAUAAUAUUCUUAUUUUGCAGGAAACUGUCCACUCUAUGGCUAGGAAAGGUGGAAAGAAGGGUACGAUGCUCCUGAAGGUGGAUCUUGCGAAAGCAUACGACCGUAUUGACUGGACCUUCCUUGAAGAAACCUUGAUGCUGGCUGGAAUCCCCACACAAUGUGUCAACAUCAUCAUGCAAUGCGUGACCUCGGUGGAGAUGCAGGUGCUUUGGAACGGAGGAGAAACCGAUCCAUUUUCCCCAACCAGGGGAAUCCGGCAGGGAUGUCCUCUCACCCCCUACCUUUUUACCCUUUGCAUUGAGAGAUUAAGCCAUAUCAUUGAUAGGAAAGUUAGGGAUAAAAAAUGGAAACCUGUUCUGUUAUCUGUUGGUGGCCCUCCUCUUUCUCACUUGUUCUUCGCUGACGACCUGGUUUUGUUUGCCGAGGCCAGUGUUGAGCAAGCUGACUGCAUUUUGUCCUGCCUGAAUGCCUUUUGUGUUGCCUCAGGAGAGCUUGUUAGCAAGGACAAGUCUCGUGUUUUCUUCUCUAAGAACACUAAGAUGCAUGCUAGGACUAAUAUUUGCUCCAGGCUUGGCAUUCAACCUACUAAUGACCUAGGAAAGUAUCUAGGUGUGCCUGUUAUCCAUGGUAGACUGACUAAACUUACCUACAGGUAUAUUUUGGAUAAAAUCGACAGCAAACUAACGGCUUGGAAAGCUCGUACCCUCUCUCUUGCGGGUCGAGUCACCCUCGCCAAGGCUGUUCUUGAAGCCAUCCCUUUGUAUGCUAUGCAAACCACCCUUUUACCUGCCUCUGUGUGUGACACGAUUGAUAGGAAAAUUAGAUGGUUUGUGUGGGGGUCUCAAGUGGGGAAAAGGAAGGUCCACUUGAUUUCUUGGGAAACAAUCUGUAAACCCAAAAAUCAAGGUGGCCUUGGCCUUCGAACUGCUAAGAGUUUGAAUCUUGCUUACAUGGUAAAGUUGGCUUGGCAUGUUCUGAACAAUGAGAAAGAUUUAUGGGUUCGUGUGUUGCAGGGUAAAUACUUCCACCACAAGGAUGGAAAAAUUAUGGCUAUGAAAACCAGCAAUCACUCUAAUCUUUGGAGAGCUAUCCUGAAGGCGAUGCCAACGAUGCGAAGAGGAAUGGCAUGGAGCAUUAGGGAUGGGAUGUCGAACGGCUUCUGGACGCACCCGUGGCUGGAUCAGGACACUGUCCUUGAGGACUAUGCGCUCGUUCCCUUGUCCGAGGAGGAUAAGCUCUCUUGCGUGGCGGAUUGGACUAACACGAACGGUGAGUGGAACUGGGAUAGACUUAAGAACUUUCUGCCUAAUGAGGUUUUGAUUCGUAUUGCAGGAUUGGAGACACCAGACCCGGAGCUUGGAGAGGACAGAACAAUAUGGGGAGUGGAAAAAGAUGGCAGAUUCAGGCUUCGAUCCGCUUACGAGCUGGUGGAGGGCUCGACUGAAGGCAGGACGGAGGAGCACUGGAGAGACCUCUGGAGAUGGGACGGCCCCAACCGAGUUAAACUCUUUCUGUGGCUUGUCUCCCACAACAGACUUCUCACCAACGCUGAAAGAAAGAAACGACAAAUGGCACAAGAUGGGAGCUGCACUCACUGCACCGACGAAGAGGAAACGAUGGAGCACAUUCUGAGGAGAUGCAAGAAGACGGAGGGAUUUUGGCGACAUUUCAACUGCAAGAUCAAAGACAGGAACAAUGGAACUUCUUUCAUUCAAUGGAUCCAUAGGAACACUAAAGAUGUUGACACAGGAAUUGAUUUCGGCAUCCUGUGUUGGCUGGUCUGGAAACAAAGAAACGAGGAGGCCCUCGAUGGUAAGAAUUACUCGGAGGAGGGUUUGAUCUGCAAAGCCAAAGCGUGGCUCAACAUCCACCGACACGCAAGAGAAAACACCAUCAGGAGCCUGGUGAUGACAAGCUCUGUUCAGGUGGAGAAAGAGCUCUCCUGGAAACCCCCAAGAGAAGGAUGGUACCAAGUUCAAGCGGAUGGAUCGGUUUUGGGGGCCUCUGGUAUGGCGGCUGCAGGCGGCGUGAUCAGGGACUGCCUGGGGCGUUGUUUUGAUGCUUUCGCGUGCAACCUUGGAGCUUGUUCUAUUACUUGUGCUGAGUUGAAGGGUGCUGUUGUGGGACUUGAGAGGGCUUGGAAGCUUGGAUUUCGCAAGAUCGAGCUCAAUCUGGAUUCCACCACCGCCAUCAGCAUUAUUAAGAAUUGGAAGGACAGCAACCAUUCACAUGGUUUGCUGGUUGGAAAAAUUGGAAGCCUCCUGAGUCGUGAAUGGGAGGUGGUUAUUAGCCAUGUGUAUAGGGAGAAAAAUGUUGUUGCUGAUUUUUUGGCAUCCAAGGGUCAUUCCCUUCCUUUUGGUACACAUUGUUUCGAUGUGUACGAUCCCAACCUCGAACAUUGGUUGAUGUAUGAUGUCAUGGGAAUUACCACGACUCGGUCUAUUAAUAUUAUGCACUAGGGCGUCUCGCCCGUCUUUCUACCAAAAAAAAAAGCCUCCUGUAGAAGCGAGAAGAAAUUCUGAUGGGUACAGGGAAGAAAGACAAUGUGCUGACGUGGAAGCCUGGAUGGAAGUAAAAACUAAAAUGUCAA